AUGCCUCCUCGACGCACACAUACAAAGUCUCGGAAUGGCUGCGCGAAAUGCAAGAAGAGAAGAGUAAAGUGCGAUGAGGUCCACCCUGCCUGCGGGAACUGUAUCAAGCAUGCUAUUGAAUGUGACUUUAGCAAUGGUGGAGGGAGUAGUAGUAGUGUCAAUGAUAGCAGCGCCAGCGACAUCGCUAGUACUCCCAGUAGUACGAUAACCGUCCAGAAUACCAUCAACGCCAGCAACAGCAGCAGUUUACUCUCACCACCAGCCUCGACCCCAGAUAGUUAUAUCGGGUCCCCUUCUCCCUUGGUAACGGCUGUUCGAGCCUUCCUUCCUAAUACCUUCAUUCCACCGCUCCAGAACCAGCAGCAUCAGCAGCAGCAGAACAACAAUCAACAUCUGAUCCCCCACACCAGCCCUCACCCCGGCUUCACGUUCUCAUGGACCACGACGGAUUUGGAACUGAUGUACCACUACUCAAGGGAUGCGCCCUCCUUCCUGGCCAGCACAGGGAGUCUCAUAGACAUGUGGACCCAUGAUGUCCCCCGCCUUGCCUUCGCCGAUAAGAGCGGAUGCGCCAUUCACGCAAUGCUCGCCGUUUCCUCCCUCCACCUAGCGUUCCUCGAGCCCCACAACCGCACCUUCCGUCUCAUCACUGCCACAGCACACUAUGACCAAGCCGUGCGCAUAUUGGGUGCCAUGGUCCCCCAUAUAUGCAAAGAUAGCUGUGAGGCCCUCUUCAUCGCCUCGGCACUGAUCGUCGUCUUCGCGACCGCGUCUCCGCUGGUACCCGGGAAUGCGGUCGAGAACGAGCCCUGGAGCAUCCCAGAAUGGGUCCCGCUUAUCCGCGGUGUCUAUAGCAUUCUCAGGGAGGUGUGGGACUGGGUAGAAUCUGGCUGUCUCGGCCAGAUGCUGAAAGUACAAUUCUAUGAGAGGACUGGGGUCUCGAGUGAGGAGACUGAGGCGCUUAAUGCGUUGUAUAGACUAUGUACGGACACGACGGAGUCAGAUGACGACGAGAUUAAGGACACGGAUGUGUCGUCGACGUAUUUUAGCGCGAUCCAUAAGCUGCGCAAGAGCUUUGGCAGCUGCACCGACCAAGCGCGGUACAACACGACAUCGUUGAUCUUCCAGUGGCCCAUCUGCGUGAGUGACAAGUAUGUGUCGCUGCUGAAGGAGCGGCGGCCACGGGCACUGGUAAUCUUUGCAUAUUACUGCGUGCUGCUCAAGAGGAUGGAGAGAAUCGAGAGGAGUAUUAGGGAUCUGGAGAAAUGGAAGAAGUGGCUUGAAUGGCCGGCGAAGAUGGUGAGAGUGAGGACGCAAAUCGAGCAUUUGGAGGAGGCAAGGUCAACGAAGGUAGCUGCUGGCGCUGCUGCUGCUGUUGAUGUGUUGAUAUGA